GGUGUUUUGGGGGAUGGGGGGUGGUGUUUGUGCCUCGCAGAUUCGGGAAUCGAGUCCCAAAUAUAUUUGGGCAUCCCUGGGAGAGGUAUUGUUUUAUUGAUAUGAGGAGGGGAUGUUUUUGGCUCUUGCAGGAAUCCAAAGCUGAGCCGUAAAUGCUCCUUGGGGGGAUUUGGAGGGGCCCACGUGGCGAUCACCCGGUCCCGGCGGGGCGGGACAUCGGUUUUGGGAUCCCCGGGAGAGGCGUGGGAUGAAAGGCGGGAGCCCCGGCGUGGGGAGAGGGGCGACAGCAGAGCUGGGGGACCCCCGGCAGCCUGGAGGGGAGGUGGAGCCGGGAGAUGAGUGGGGUCCGGCCCCCCCGAGCUUUGAAGCUCUGGUGGGGAGAGGGGGAGGAAGAGGAAGAUGCCCCGGGACAGCCAGGCAGACAAGGAGCUGAGGACGGAGACCAUGAAGGACAAAUCCCCUCAGCAGAACCUCGUGGGAGAGGCCGUUUGGAGCGACUCCGCAGUGCAGGAAUACAACGGGGAGGAAAAGCCGCAGAGAUCCCACACAAGGAGGGGCUGCAAACGCAGAUCAUGGGGAUCCGAGGAAGAAAGACCCAAACUGGACCUGGCAGGCAGCCAGAGAUCUGGCCAGAGCUCUGAGCUGAGAGUCCAUGAGCAGCUUCAUGGUAGCAAGAAGCCCCUCCAGUGUUUGGAAUGUGGGAAGAGUUUCCACAGGAGCUCCAGCCUGGUCCGGCAGCAGAUGAUCCACACUGGGGAACGGCCCUACGAGUGUGGGGAAUGUGGGAAGGGAUUCAAUGUCAGCUCCCACCUGAUCCGCCACCAGAGGACCCACACUGGGGAACGGCCCUAUGAGUGUGGGGAAUGUGGAGAGAGCUUCUGCCAGAGUUCCAGUUUGCUAUACCACCAGAGGAUCCACACUGGGGAUCAGCCCUAUGAGUGUGGGGAAUGUGGGAAGAGCUUCAGACUGAGCUCCAGAUUGAUCUGCCACCAGAUGAUCUGUCGCUACUCGCGAUGUAUUUCGUAA